AUGCGUGUGCUUUCAAUUUUAGCAACCCUUGCAUUUGUGCAGCAGACUUUGCUACCAACAGCUCAAAUGGCCAGUCUGUACAUCAAAUCGAUAAAUGAGAAAAGGUUCGGCGACGCUAUUUGGGCACGCUACCAUAUCUACGGAGACAUGGAAGAUGGCAUUGUCGGUGGCUCAAACAACAUGACUGUGCUUGAUACUAUCGAGGAAGACGCCCGCGAGUAUAGAGUGAGCGAACCCGAACUUUACGCUGAAGCUCUUUCCUUCUAUGUUCAAACUAGUAGCCAAGAUACGCACAUUGCCGAUGUGCUGGAUCUGAUUCGCCAUAUUUGCCAGGAAGAUGUCACCGAACUUGGAAAACGCUUGGUCUAUGGGAUAAGCUGCAGCUCAAACUACCUUACCACGUCCACGAGCUGUAACAGCCUCAUCAGUUACAUGUCCUAG